UUCUAGAGUUUACUACCUAAAUUUUAUCGUAAAGAUCGCAUCUCGAUUAGAUCAAACGCCCUGAUAUAAAACAAUGAUAAAACUCGUAUCGCCCGACUGUCUGCCCGUUAGCUAGUUAUUACGCAUAAACCGUGCAAAAGAUACACAGGCCGGCGCAAUGCUCCAACACGGCACAGAAUACGGGAGAUAAUGGAGAGAAUUCCUUCUACACACUACAAGUUUUGCUAGCUGAUAAAAACACAAGUGAGAGACUAAAGACUUGACACGCAUCCAGACUGAUACUGGGAGAAUGGGAGUAAUUGGCAAUCUCCCCAGUCAACUACCGGUGUUUAUAAUGGCGGACAUGAUGAUCAGCGAAGAUGUAAAAAGUCUUCCUGCGGCUGAGGUGCGCCAGCUGCCUUGUACCGUGCACUUCUCAGGGAAAGCCAACGUGAUACAAAGAUUUGACACAUACAUGGAGGAGGCAAGUGACGGAGAUAAAAAGCUGGUCAAAGCUUAUUUUCGGGGUUACCCGCUUGUCGGCACACGAAUUCCCGUUCCCGAGGGCUACAAAGGCAUCGUAUUUACAUCGAUAUCCGGUGCCAAGUCACGCACACUUAAGGCAAAGGCCUGUUUCGAUCAUCUGACUUAUUUCAACUGGAGCACGAAGCCAUCACAAGCUGAUCCACAACAAGCAAUCCAAGAAUGGAUCGCGGUGGCAAACACUAUCCACCUUGAUGUAGAUGGAAUAUAAGCAUGCGGCAUUUAUUCGUCACUUACCUGUUUUAAGCACAGCUACGUCUGAUACAUCACUCUGACCUGAGAAGUCAUUUCGCCUAUUUCAGUAUUGUAGACCAAGUAUGAUGAUACAUUUUCUGUUAUGGAAGCUUGCGUCUACGACCAAAAAUGUGUAUCUUCUAGCUAAAUUUUUUUGAAUAGCUGAAACAAAAAUGAUUGCUUUAGAUACGAGCUAGAUUUCUGUGCCAAGUUGAAGAUGGACCCUUCAACCAUUUGUCCACAUAUUUUUUGUUGAACCAAGCUUCCAAAUAUGUACGUGUGUUCAUGUGAAUCGAAUUAGUGAGGAUUAAGCUGAGGGUAUUAAUCUGCGCAAAAGACCAGCGUUGAUAAAUGUUUUUAGGUUCCGAAAGCCUUGAAACGACUUCUUGUCGGAUCGGUUACUCUUUGCUUACAUUGAGCAGCACUCUCCAAGUAUUGAUUAUUGAAAUUGAUAUGCAUCGCUGCUUUAUACUGUAUUGGACGAAAAUGUCUGGUAUAUGAAUAAAUGUAAGAUUGGUCAUAAGUACAAUUUGGUUUUUUGACCAGGCAGUUGGCUGUAUUGAAUCAAUAAAUGACCCGAAAUGCUCCACAGCAUAGACCGCAAUUUAGGCUGAAAUUCCAAACAACAAAUGAAAAGCUAUAGAUUACACUCUCGUUUUUCUAGAUCUUAUUUAUGACACAGGUUCCGCUCUGCUCCACAGCAUAAAUAGAAAACUGGAAAUUUGACUUAAAUGAGUCAUUAAAAAAUAGUUAUCUGCUUGCGUUAACAAUAACUUCGUUCAAAAACUAUCGGUUUUAUUUUUAACUAACGCUCAAGAAGAUUCGACUUGUAAAAAAGUAAGGACUCCUAAGGACGCUGUAAAUGGCCUUGUGAAUACAGAUCCCUACCUAACUUCAGAUACGAUAUGCAUAUUCGUCGUAAAGCCACUUGCUUGUUUCUAUGUUCUUUUACUUGAAAAUGAAAAAAAUUCUAUUGCUAGCAUAAGGGGCGAGGUCUUCAAUGGCGAGCGUUUCAUUGUCCCUGCUUAGCUUAACGUUCGAAACGAACAGUCGAGGACCAUUGGUAAAUCCGUGCGCUAAGGCCAGUGCUACCAUCAGCAGUUUCAAUUACAUUAAUAAUAGACACGCACUUAAUGGAAGUAUAAGUUCGAUGAAUCUUCCAAGAAUGCUUCCAAGCUGCAAAAAACCUUAAAUUGUAGGAAUGAGACCGGUCGUGUAACCUAAACAUUCAAUAUAUGUACAAGCAAGCCAAAAAUCCCAUUCAUUUGUUAAAGUAACAUACAUAGAUUAUGGCAAUGAGCAUAACACAUUUGUUAUCACUGUAAUUUAUAUAUUAUACUAUGGUAAAAUGCCAUGCAAGUUCAAUUAAAUGCAAUCAAUACUUAUAACAAUGGCUGCUGUUCUUCACUGACUAAUAUUUGUGUAUAUUUAGGUAUUCACAUUAGAGAUGUGUCGCGCACUUAGACACGCUCUCCAUUAUACAGUGCAUUUUUCUGUAGAAAAUGAAGAAUGAUGAAUCUGCCAUGUGACAUGAAGAUCUCAAGUUUAUACGUAUAGAAACACAACGCAUACGUUAUCGCGUUACUCGCAAGUUCUUUUUUUAUUACCUCAUUGGCGUCUUAUGAAUAUGGCAAUACUGCGAAAAUAACUAAAUUACUACUGUAUUUAUAUAUACAAGUUUUUAUCAGCUGCCUGGGAAGUGACAAAGUUUCUCGUAAACUUUCCGACUCUAU